AUGCGACACGCAAUUGUCGUUGGAACAUGUCUGGAUAUUGAGCUCCUUCGGGGGAGACGAUAUGGUCUAGCGAUGCUGGGCAGCACGAAUGAAUUGAUUCGAGAGAUAAGGCGGCUGCUGUCUGGGCUUCGCUCGACACCGUAUCUCAAUCCGAGCGAGGGCAAAAAUGAGAGUCGAUUCGAAGGAGGUUCAGGAGGUGUUGCUAACGGCAAUGGUGGGAUGUAUGUCGAUGUUGACGACGACCUUUUGUUCGCUGUGAUGCAUCUUGCAAAGGCUACUGGGAUCAGAAACAUCAGUAGAUUUUCUGACCCUCUCAAAACUCCGAGCGUGAGACUGAGGGUCCUCUUCAAACCUCCCAUCUUUCUCCGGCGCCUGCAAUACUUGCACCUCUGGGGCUUAUCUGACACUCCUUCCCCAAGCUCCGAAGCCUCCCUUCAUCUCUCAAAGCUAGAAAUGCUCGUGGUUCUCAAAGGUGGUCUUCAACGGGUGAAGGCUCCUGGUUUUGCAGAGGCCUUGCAUCUGUUUGACAUUAUCGAGAGCGCAAAGCGCUUGGAGAGACCAAGAUUUGAGUUGCCACCAUCAAGCAUUGAAUUUCUUGAGAGAAAGAUGCCGACGUUGAGGAUGGCGGCCGCUCUAACGAUACAGCAUGCUCGGGUUGGGGGUGAGAUACAUCAACAUCUUUCUCUGAAUUCUGCGCUUGGCGAGAUUUUCGAAGACAUCCAAAUACUCUGCUCAUGGAUCUCCACCCUUGUGAGACUGAGCCCGGCGAAUUUUCAAGGCGGCCAUCGAGACUCAUCUUCUGGCCAUAUGGCUUCGUCAGAGGACGUCAUGGUGCUCAGAAACCUCAUUGAAUACCGCCUUCUGGCAUACUCUCCCGAUCCCAACAAUUUUGUCGAGAAUUUGAUGUGGACAUCGGCCAUGAUAUUCACCCACGGCGUGAUUUUCCCACUGCCGCACCCGGAGCCGAUGAAGGUCCUCGUCCGCAGACUCUGUGAUACUCUGAGAGGGGAAGGCAACCAUCUAGGAGGCCCGUCGCAGCCUCGAUCUUUCCACCCUCCGUAUUUAACCCUCGACAACAGGAUCCUGGUCUGGGCCGCGACAAUGGGCAUCAUGGCGACUUCAGGCUCUCAAGCAAAAGAGAGAGCGUUCUUCCUUGAGAGUCUCGGGAGAUACUUGGGAGGGUCAGAUGUUUCGACCUGGACGCAGUUGAAGAGCAUUUUGCAGGCGUAUUUGUGGGCUGAUUGGGCCUGUGACGCUGGGGGAUGUGCUAUUUGGGAAAUGCUGUCCGUCACAACGAGCACUGCGGCUCACGGGCAAUGA